GCUCGGAGAGUUCGGGGCACAGCGAAUCAGCUUGUAGGGAGCGAGGAUUUAAACCAAGACGCUGAAGCUUGAAUCUACACCGCAUCACUCUCCAUUACGAUACUCCGUCUUUUGGUCGAGGCAACACACAUUUCGAAAUGGCUCUUCGAGUAACCAGAAACCGCUUGGCUUCUACCAGGACUGACCUCGGUGGCAAGGCCUGCUCGGUUACCGGGCCCACAAAGCCUCGAGCUGCGCUCGGCGAAAUCGGAAACAUCGCAGUUAACAAAGAACCGAAGAAGGCAAAUAAGGGCAUCAAGACAGAGGCCAUCAAGAAGACCAAAGUCGCCACCAAAGUUGAAAAAGCACCAGUGGUUGAGCAACCCAAACCAAAAAAUGUUGCUCCUGCUAAACCUGAGCCUGAGGUACAGGUUCCGCCUGAACCAGCAUCCCCCACUCCAAUGGAGACUUCUGGCUGUGAGCCUGCUGACCUCUGUCAAGCAUUUUCUGAUGUCAUCCUUGAUACUGCUAUCCGGGAUGUGGAUGCAGAUGACUAUGACAACCCCAUGCUCUGCAGCGAGUAUGUGAAGGACAUCUACAAGUACCUCAGACAGCUUGAGGAUGAGCAGAAUGUUAGACCCAACUACCUGCAGGGUCAGGAGGUGACCGGUAACAUGCGAGCCAUUCUUGUUGACUGGCUGGUGCAAGUGAGCCUUAAGUUCCGUCUGCUGCAGGAGACAAUGUACAUGACUGUGGGAAUCAUUGACCGCUUUCUUCAGGACCACCCAGUCCCCAAGAAGCAGCUUCAGCUGGUCGGAGUGACCGCCAUGUUCCUCGCUUCCAAAUACGAGGAGAUGUAUCCCCCAGAGAUCUCAGACUUUGCCUACGUGACGGACAGGGCCUACACCACCGCCCAGAUCAGAGACAUGGAGAUGACCAUCCUGCGGGUGCUCAAGUUCCAACUGGGCCGCCCUCUGCCCCUGCAGUUCCUCCGGAGGGCCUCAAAGAUUUAUGAGGUAACAGCUGAGCAGCACACCCUGGCAAAAUACCUCCUGGAGCUCACCAUGGUCGACUACGAGAUGGUUCACUUCCCACCUUCCAUGAUGGCUAGUGCUGCUUUGGCUCUUACCCUCAAGGUCUUGGAUGUUGGAGAAUGGGAUGUGACACUGCAGCACUAUAUGGGCUACACAGCAGAGAGUUUGAUUCCUGUAAUGGCACACAUUGCCAAGAAUGUUGUGAAAGUGAACGACGGGCUGACCAAACACAUGGCUAUCAAGGGCAAAUACUCAACUUCUAAGCAGAUGAGGAUCGCCACCAUCUCACAGCUCAAAUCUUCAGUUGUGAAGGACCUUGCAAAGCAGCUCACCCAGUGAGAUGACUUAAAUGUUCUUUUUGGCACCAUGUGCUGACUUGUACAGUUGUAACUUAAACUUUUUAACGUGGCUGAAGGAUCAGCACGCUAAGGGACCAUGUCAGUGGUUUGUGUAUUUUAACCAACUGAGAUGCUGCAUGCUGUUGCUGACCAUUUUCCAAGGCAUGCUACAAGUUUUAAUUCCUAAAACUCAUAGCUCACUCCACAAGAAUCAGUCAGCCACCAAUGACGACUGUAAUUCUACCAAUUCACUGUUUCUUCACCAUGUCUGUUUACAACAUGGAUCAUUAAUGCACUACUUAUUGUUAGCUGACUGAAAUCUUGACUGCAGAGCAGCCUUGAACACAAUAUUUUACACUUAUGCACAGCAUUUUAAAUCCCUGGAAGUUAUUUUUAUAGCUCAGUUGCUGUUGAGAAAUCUAAAGCUUGUUGCAUGCUUUCAGAAUGGUCAGCCAUGUAAAGGUUCAGUGGGCAGGUGUUGCCCUUUUUUUCCAGUCUUUAUGGCAUUGUUUUCUUAAUGUGUGGCUGUGAGUGUGUAAAAUGUACAGCAAUACUUUUAAAAUGAUUUUACAUUCUUAAAUGUUGUUCUUAAAUCAUCUAUUAAAUGGUUUUGACCAGA